AUGUUGUCCGAACAUACAUUAUCAAACCCAACAACUCCUCGCAGUUCAAUUUACAGUAAUCGUAGGGUGUCUUUUCCAAAUUCAAGGGUAUGUAUACAUCCUUACUUCGCUUCAAGAGAAGAAGCUGGUAAAACUUUAGCCCGACUUUUAAAAUUUUAUACUCAUAAUGCUAACACUGUUGUCCUCUCAAUCAAACCAACUGCCACAGCAUUGGCUUACGAGAUUGCAAAAGAAUUGGAGUUACCUUUGGAUUUAUUCCUCAUCCGUUCCUUCAAAUGCGAAGGUUUGACCGUUGGUGCCAUCACCGAUAGAACUGAUCAACCAUUGCUAAAAGAGCAAGUCAUCAGAGGUUGCGAUAUUCCAAAAGAUAUAAUUGACGAAUUAAUAGUUAAAGAGCGCACAGUACUUGAAUCUCUAAAAAAAGAAUGCUGUCCGCCGAAUUUGACGUUGCCUUGUUCUGAAGAUUCCACAUUGAUUUUAUGUACCGAUGGUAUUCAAUCUGGACAGGACGCUCGUAAUACUAUUUUCAUACUGAAAAAAUUUCUGGGUUUUCGUGGUAAAAUUGUUUUAGCCGGUGGUGUUAUGGGAUCAGACGCUCAGAAAAUGUUUAUGAGAGAAGCCUACGAGGUUUUUUCUGUAAAAUGUCCACAAAUUGUUGGUUCAGUUG